AUGAUCAGUAGCUUGUUCAUUUUCAGUUAUACGGUUUCGGAUGGAGUUCACGAAGUGCACUCACUGUUGACAGUUAUCGCAUCAGAACCAUUUGUACGCAUCGAGAACAGCAGCAUCACAGUUCCGCUGGACCACACCGCAAUGUUGAUACCAGUGAAAGCGCACAAUCUCUCAGCUAUUACCAAUGUUGACGUGAAUGAUUCCGACAUUUGGUUUACCGUAUCCACUCAAAACUGGAUUAUUGUUGCCAAUUCCACGGAGAAAGUGGUCAGGAGAUUCACUCAGCAGGUGCAUGGCUGUUCGUGUUUUGAGCGUCUUUGA